AUGAGUAACUUAUUUAAUGCUGCCGUAUUCGAGACCGAUCUUGACGGCAACAUUCUUUCCGGUGACGACGUGCCCUUUUGGUUCCGCGAUAUCAUUGACCGGGCGUUUGCUACGAGCGGAAUCCGGGCCACCCGCAAAGUCGCCUCCCACGAAGCAAUCGCUUCUCUUGAAGACACAGAAGCUGAAGGAGACAACUGCCCAAUUUGCUACGAACCGUACGUUGCCGACCAGAACAAGAAAAUGAAGAUGGACCCUCACGACGUAACUGCACAGCUGCGUUUAGACGAGCUAGUUGAAGAGCUUGCACCAUAUGGCGUUGACGUUGCAUCACAGAAUAUACAGCGCCUGUUCAGAGACCCUGCUUUAUACAUGCCUGUGGAUAUGGCAGGUCACGACCCGCUUCGUUUUCCCCAACGGAAUCUCUACACUCACGAGCGGGCAACUGCCAGCGAGCUCUUUCCUGGGUCCGAACGCCGUUCAACGAGAACUGUCGAUCCCGACACUUGUGCGCAUACGCCUGUGAAGAUGCCCAACUGUAACCAUGUGUUUGGAAAACCGUGUAUCAUCGAGUGGCUCAAUGGACAUGUAAGCUGCCCGCUUUGCCGCAAAGAGGUUGAAGCGGUUAAAGAUUCUACGCCCGAUGCCGCCAAAGCGGCUACACUUCGACGCAACUGUACCUUUGCUCAUACGGACAACCCAGACGAGAUGUUGGACCAUCUUCUAAGAAGACUGACUGACAUGUUCAAUCCAGCGCGGCGUCCCUUCAAUCCGUUCGUAACGCCUUUGACAGAUGCUUCAGUACAACAGAACUGGGCACUGCCAACAUACCCCGAACACCUUCGUCCAGACCGGCCGCAAACACGCGAUCCUCACUUGACGAUGGCACGCAAGUUUCCACUUCUGACCCUAGGAUCAUCACUCCGGCGGGCACCAUUCACUCGCCUGUUCAGAGAGGAGUGA